UGCUGUCACUCGUUUGAGUUUCACUGCUGAGAAAAUGGGGGCAAUAGACAUCUUAGAAAUGGCUUAUGCAGCCGCCAAAACCGACGAACAACGGCGAGAAAUAGUUUUAAAAUAUCUGGAGCGCGUUUGUACUCCGGAUGAACGUAAAGUUGUGGAAGACUUUCCCCAAGGCCUCGAGUGGUUUAACACAAUGAAACCAUUGUCGUUGCACCAGGACUUAAAGGGUAAACUUGUGGUGCUUGACUUCUUCACAUACUGCUGUAUCAACUGCAUGCAUGUUCUACCUGACCUAGAGGCCCUGGAGGAAAAAUACCACAUCACUGAUGGACUUGUAGUCGUCGGGGUUCACUCGGCCAAGUUUGAAAAUGAGAAAACAUCUGCGAACAUUCUGAAUGCUGUACUUCGUUAUGAUAUUGCGCACGCAGUCAUCAACGAUCAUAACACUGUUAUGUGGGAUGCCCUCGACAUACAAUGCUGGCCAACGAUGCUCCUGAUUGGACCUUCUGGAGAGUACCUCCUUCCAAUUAUCGGAGAAGGACAACGCAAGAAACUUUUUCUAAUCUGUGAGGUCGUCAUGAAGUUUUUUAAAUCUCGUGGAGAAAUCGUCACAAAUGUUGAGCUUCCGAUGAUUACACGGUUAAAGGACUCUCUACCAGACUCGCCUCUUCUCUUCCCUGGGAAAGUUGAAGUUGACGAUCAAGGAAACAACCUAGCUGUGGCUGAUAGCGGUCACCAUCGUAUCUUAGUCACAACUAAGGAGGGAGUAUUAUUGCACUGUAUCGGUGGUAUUGAGAGAGGGUUUGUUGAUGGGUCGUUCCAGGAGGCAAGGUUCCACUCUCCUCAAGGAAUGGUGUGGAAGGAGGAUGUUAUAUACGUAGCAGACACACAGAACCAUGCCAUUAGGAAGGUUGAUUUGAAGGCAGAGAGAGUGACUACCAUUGCAGGCAUGGGGGAGAUGGGAGAACACAAGUGCCAAUGGGGAGGGGCUCCAGGCCCAGAACAGGUUUUGAGCUCCCCCUGGGAUGUGUGCCUCGGCGGUCCAGAUGACAAUAUUCUCUUCAUUGCCAUGGCUGGAAGCCACCAGAUCUGGGGACUGUUUUUGAGAGACAGCAAGUGGCUAGCUAAGGAAAUAGAGCAUAAUGCAAACGUAUGCAUUCUGUAUGCAGGUACUGGGAAGGAGGAAAACCGAAACAAUUCGUACCCUAGGAAUGCAAGCUUUGCACAGCCCUCUGGUCUGGUCAACCCUCAUGUGGACUACCUCAGCUGCAUGUACGUUGCAGACAGCGAGAGUAGCAGUGUACGGAGCGUCUCGUUGAAAGACGGGGCAGUGAAGGGUGUUGUUGGUGGAGAUUUAGACCCUAUGAAUCUCUUUGCGUUUGGGGAUGUUGAUGGUAAAGGACGGGAUGCUAAACUGCAGCAUCCGAUAGGCAUAGCUUGGAAUCCAUUGAAUCAGCACCUGUACAUUGCAGACUCCUACAACCAUAAGAUAAAAAUGGUGGAUCCCCUUAGGAAGUCCUGUUCCACAGUUGCUGGCAAUGGCAAGGCAGGCAAGGUGGACAGUUCCACUUUGGAAGAGGUUGAGUUCAAUGAGCCAGGAGGGUUGUGCGUUUCUUCAACCUUCAAGAGAGUCUAUGUUGCUGAUACAAACAACCAUGCGAUCCGAGUGUUGGAUUUAGAAUCUAACACCGUCCAAGAGUUGAAGAUUAUCUUCCCAGCUGGAAGCCAACCCCCAGUUGCCGAGGUCAGUUCGUUGUCCUUAUCAGCUCAACCAAUCAAACCCAUCGUCCCAUCUAAAACACCAGUAACGACUCAACCCCAGGUUGAAGCCACCGUCGAGGGUGCUCUUUGCCUUCAUGUCAACAUUAAGUUACCUGAUGGGUGUAAGCUGACAGAGGGCGCUCCAACCGCAUGGAUGGCCUAUGUUAAGGGAGACGUGCCCCAUCUGGUUCUUAGCAAGACAUCCAUCUCAAGCCUUGACGAGCCACUCUCUCACCAAUGGACAGCGCCCUCUAUGGCCCGAGAUGUCACAAUGCGGAUUGAAGUUUCCGUCUGCUACUGCGAGGAUUUAACUGGAACCUGUCACAUGACAGGGUUGGCCUUUGAAGUGCCACUGAAAUUUUCUGAGGGGAGUUCAGAUUGUGAUUUGACAAUCGUUCAUAGGAUGGAUCUAUAGUGGUUUGGAAAGGGGGUUUACUAUUUUUUAAAUUCAGUUUCUACACAGAGUUUUUAAUACUGAGCUUCAUCCUCAGAUCUUGAGUCUCUCUUCAUUAUCCAAGUAACUCACAACAUCACGCUGGUGGCUUACCCAAGUCUGCCACCUCUAUUCCGCUCUUGAAGCAGGGAAGUAGUUUAACAUUUGACGUUAUUAUUUUUAUACUAUUUUAUCAUCCAGUUAUAGCAUUGCCAAAAUUUAUAAUUAGAAAUGGCUUUUAUCAAAAUCUGAACACACUUGGGGGGGGGGGGGGGUUGAAUGUCCAUAUCUGUUUCCUUACUAACCAACAUUCAUCACAGAGGGUUGACAACAAAAUUAUCAAGGACAUACAUCUCAGCCAAAAGCCCACUUUCCUAGAGCUGCUUAACAGCCAUUUUGUUUUUCUUACUGUGUAAGUUUCCAUUUCAGCUUACCGAUCAGGCUGUCUAAUUUUCUUGGCGACUUUUGUCUUUGGAAUGUAAUUCUAUAAUGUUUAAAGGCAGUGGACACUAUUAGUAAUUACUCAAAAUAAAUAUCAUCAUAAAACCGAGUAUUGAUUACG